AUGGAGCAUGUAAAACCUGAAUGGGAGCCAUUGGAGCCACCACCUUCCCCGACGAAGUGGGCGACGUUCAAGGUGAUGCUUUACAAGCAUCUGAAGGUGGCCAUGAAGCGGAAGAGGUUGCUCUCCAACGUGUAUCUGGCCUUCAUGUACUCCGGACUUGCCGCCGUCACGUACCAUGGCCUCAACAAGAUGGCCGAAAGCUUUGAAAGCAUUGAAAGCCAGGAAGGUCAUGAAAGCCAGGAGCUGUCCAGUCUACGGACUUCGAUGCUGGUAAUCCUGGUCCCGCUCUUUCUGCUGCUUGCAGCCCAAGGGACCCUCCAAUCUGCGAUCGUUGAGAUUGUGGGGGAGAAGGAAUCCAAGAUGAAAAUCAUACAGGAGAUCUAUGGUCUCACAACAACGAUGUACUGGCUGUCUUGGAUGGGAUAUUUUGCAAUCGUCUCCUGUGCAAGUAUCUCGGUAGCCUACAUCAUGCUCACACUGGUUGUGCCAGUCUUCUCGAACUCUUCGCCUUUGAUUGUGCUGCUCAUCUUUUUCGCAGGUUAUGUUCAGCAGUUGGAGUUUGCAGCCAUUGUGAGCAUCUUUGUUGACAGGCAGCAGACUGCUUCGAUCCUCGCAGGGCUCGUGAAUCUCGUCCUGAUGUCGUCAUUUGCGGCUUUGCAGGCAUGGCUGAAAGGCAAGUCACGGGCAACAUGGCUGGUGGCAAGCCUGCUUCCCACGGUAAACGUGGGCAACAGCUUCUCCACGGUACUGUGGCACGAGGCCCUCUACUCCUGCAAUGAUGAGUGCACUCGGGGCUUGAACUUCAGGUCGAUUUUUCAAGAAGAGCUCUGUGCCACGCCCUACUCACCCAGCGAGCCAUGUCAAGAUCCCACUGUAAUCUUCCCGGCUGGCUACUCUUUGAUGAUGAUGUUGGCAAGCGUUCUCAUCUACUUUGUCUUGGCAUGGUGGCUUGAGCAGGUUUGGCAAGGUGAAUUCGGCCAAGCCAAGGCCCUCUCUUUCUGCCUGCGUCCCGCUUAUUGGGCCUCUUGGUGCAAGGAGACCUCACGUAGGUGUGUGGAAGAUGCCCCGCCUACCCUGUGCCUGCGCAAGCUCCACAAAGCCUUCGGGGAACAGGUGGCUGUGGACAGUAUUGAUCUGGACGUUCGCAAGGGUGAGGUUUUCGCCUUGCUUGGGCACAACGGAGCUGGCAAGACAACGUGCUUGAAUUGCGUGGUUGGCUUGACAUCUGUGACCAGUGGUGGUGUGACAGUAAACGGCUAUGACAUUUCUACACAGCUCACAGAAGCACGGAGGCAGAUGGCCAUUUGCCCACAGGACAACCCGCUAUAUGAUGUCUUCACAGUCCGAGAGCACUUGUACUUUUUUGCUUGCUUGCGUGGUGUCGACAGGGACUUUGACGGGAUGAUUUGUCAGCUUCUCGCCGAGCUUGGAAUUGAGGAGAAAGUGGAUGACUUGUGCACCACGCUGUCGGGCGGCCAGAAGCGGCGCUUGUGGGUCGCCACGGCGCUGCUCGGGGAGACGCCGCUCCUCUUCCUGGAUGAGCCGACGAGCGGGAUGGAUCCUGCCUCAAGGCGCAAGCUCUGGCGGCUGCUCCUGCAAGCCAAGUCCGUUGGAAGGGCCGUCCUUUUUACCACCCACUACCUGGAAGAAGCAGAUGCGCUGGCGGAUCGCAAGGCCGUCCUUUCGCGUGGACGAAUCCAGGCAUGUGGCACAUCCCACGACCUGAAGAUGCAAUUCGGGGUCGGCUACCACUUCGAGGUCGAGUUUGGUGGUAGCCCCAGCCCAAACCAGCUGCAACUGCUGUCAAGGCUCGUUCAGGAGCAUGUGGCCGGUGCGAAGCUGGAGAUGGGCCGAAGCUUAGCGCAGAAGGUGUCCUACUCUCUGCCCUUCCACCAGAUCUCCAAGUUUGGGCCUCUUCUUUUGGAAGUUGACAGGCACAAGCCCAUCCUGGGAUUCGAUGCCUACAGCAUGUCCAUGACCUCACUUGAAGAGGUAUUUAUGCUUCUGGGUGAGCAGGCUGAGCAAGAAGAGGCGGGAGCUAGAUGCGGCGAGGACGUCGACGAGGAUGAGGCAAGCGAGAGCGAUACUGACAGCGACGCUGAAAUCCACGUUGUUGAGCAGUCAGAGUUCCGAAGUAUGCAAGCAAUGGCAUGCCUAAGGCUGCUUCUCAUUAUUGGGGAUCGGAGAACCGCAAUAAAUGCAUUGUUGGUGCCCGCCAUCCUCCUGCUCUAUGGCCUGAAUCAAGGUGCUGCUUCCUUUCAGCUGGCCUUCUGCUCGGCCGCCGCGCUCACUCUACCACUUUCAGUCUUCUCUGCACAGAUCCUCCGGGACAAGUCCCAAAAGUGCAAGAUCACCGCGAUCUCUCAAGGGCUCUCAGUACGAGCUUACUGGUUGGGCACGCUGGCAGGACAUUAUGCUGUCCUUUCCCUGAUCGUUGCCAUCCUUAUCAUGGCAGUACAAAUUUGCGGAGUUCCGAUUCUGGAUGGGCCCGGCUUCCCGCUCUUUUGCAUGCAAGCCGCAUUGUAUCCUGUUGGGUUGCUGCUCUAUUCGUACAACGUGUCACUGUUGUUUACCACCGUGGAGUUUGCUUUGAAAGUGCUUCCUCUACUCAACGUCUUUCUGGUGUUUGUCCCAGUGGGUGCCGUGUCCUUGUUGUGGAGACUGCCUGGCACUUCGUGGCAAUCCGCGGCCAAGAUCACGCACGUCCUGAUGUCGAUCUUCAACCCAGUGUACCCCCUUCCGGGGCUCAUCGUGACCAUGACCUCCGAGAUGCCUUGGUUUGAAUACUUCCGGUCCUGGCCGGGUGCUACACUCUACGGUUCCAUUCUGGCAUGGUCUGUGUUUGGGAGCCUCCUGCUGUGGCGUGAUGCUCGCAGCUACACGGCAAGACCAGGACACCUUGAGGACUCUGCAGACUUCAGCGACUUGAAGGACGAGGACGUGUUGGAAGAAGAGGCCCAAGUUGCUGCGCAAGACGACGGAACUGAGGCCGUAAGGUACCAAUCUCUGUAUCAUACUUACAGGACUCGUGUGAACAAGGAGUGGAAGGAGACGCCCGCAGUCCGCGGCAUCAGCCUUCGUGUGCACCGUGGCGAGUGCUUCGGCCUUCUGGGACCGAACGGAGCUGGCAAGACCACGACUCUGGGUGUACUGACCGGGGAAAUUCGGCCUCCCUCGGCUGGUCAGGUACACAUCUACGGCCAUGACGUGACCACAGAAGAGGGACGGGUGGAAGCCUACAAAGAACUUGGGCUUUGCCCACAGAUAGAUCCGAUCUGGGAGAACCUUUCCGGUCGAGAGCAUCUGAUCUUCUACGGCCGUGUAAAAGGGGUCCCAAGCAAAGUCCUCGAAAGAAGGGUCGAGGAGCUCCUGCGCCGCCUGGGCUUCAGCGCAGACGACCGGAGCAAGGCCGCCGGGGCCUACAGCGGCGGUAUGAAGCGCAAGCUCAGCUUGGCCAUCGCCCUCCUGGGGCGUUCCUCUCUGCUGUUCCUGGACGAGCCGUCAGCAGCAGUCGAUGCUGUUGCGAAGCGACACCUCUGGAAGGUGAUCCGGAGACGCGACCGAGACCAAACCGUGGUCAUGACCACACAUUCUAUGGAAGAAGCUGAAGCGCUUUGCGAUAGACUUGCCAUCCAGGUUUCUGGUCAGCUGCGCUGCCUAGGCACGCCCUUUCAUAUUAAGGACAAGUACGGCUGCGGAUAUCAGCUGGAGAUUUUUUGCCACCGUCCGACCAGUGAAAGUGCCUGGCAGAUGCAGGCGGAAGCUUUGCAGGCUUUUGUCUUGUCAAGAAUCUCAUCCAAAGCGAAGCUUUUGGAGAACCACGCGGGAAGGUUUUUGUUUCAGCUGCCUCCUGCCGGCCAUGAAGGUCUUUCGCUCGGACAAGUCUUCGUGGCAAUGCAGUCCAGCAAGCAGUUCCUUGGCAUCUCGGACUAUUCAUUGAUGCAACCAUCGCUGGAGCAAGUGUUCGUUCGCUUCGCGAAAGAGCAAGAGGAGGCCACGCAAGACGGCCAGAUGCAGGAGCGUGAGGACAUCUUCCAGCGCUCCGCAUCAAGUGCAAGCAGUUCAUCUGACAGCGGUGCCAGUAGGUAG